CAUAUUUGACUUCCAUUCUUCAUCUUCCUAUUUUUUCUUCUCUCUUUUUCCCAUUAAUAUUCUCUUCUCUUUCUGUUUUCCCCCUAAACAUCUCCAAGAAACCCUCAACACAACAUCCUCUUUUUCUUUAAAAUACCCCGUUUAAAAAAAGCCACUUUGAUCUAUUAAGUUUUCACAAGAAAAACACCCCCUUUUUAAUGUGUUUUUUCAAGAAAUGAAGUGAUUUAGGUUUCCAAUAAAAAACCCAACUUAGAUCUUCAUAACCUUAUUCUCCCCUCUCCUUUCUUUAUUAUUUUCCCCCCUAAACUUCUCCAAGAAAACCUCAACAUAACCAACCCCUAUAUGUCUUUUUACUCAAAACCCCAUUUUUGAUCUAUAAAGUUUUCACAACAAAAAACACAACUAUAUAUAUAUUGUCCAAUUUACAAAAGAAAUGCCCAUGGAACGUUCAAACUCAUCAAGAAGCACAAACUCUUCUUUCUCAACAACAUCAAGAGUAAGUUCUUCCUCUUCAGUUUUGUCUAUACAAUGCUUAAAAGGAAGCUCAAAAUCCGAUGAAUGGACUGAAAACAUGCUACAAACGGGCGAUAUUGUGGAGUCGCUUCGGUUAGGGAACAUGUUUCUCAAAUCACCAUUCAAGAAUGGCAAAAAUGGGAUUCAAAAGAUCAUGCAUACUUCUUAUAAAGCUAAGGAGACUUCAAUAUGUGUUCGAGUUAGACGUGGAUCUGAUGAGUCAUUCACCGAGUUACAGGCAUGUAUCGUUCCGAACGAGUUUGCCGGAAGGAAACAAUAUAUGCUUAGAGCUAUUGAUGAUCCAAACUAUGCCGUUGGUUUUGUUGAUCGGACGGAAAUGGAGUGUUUGGAAUUACAAGCUUCAAGGAAAUCAAGAAUGGUGACAGCAUUAACAAGGACUCCACUUCAAGAAGGAUAUGUUAGUUAUCCAUGGGAGAAGAGAAUGAAUGAAUUGCUAGCAGUUCCAAAUUCAAGUAGUUUUUACUCUUUGCUUCUCUUGCCAAAAGCCUCAGACAAAGUUUCUAUUCAUUAUAAUGAUUUAGAAGACACCCUUUCUAGAGCUAAUGCUUGGCUCAAUGCUUCUCAAGCCUCUGGUGUUCCCAUUGUGUUCAUGAAUAUCCAGACUGAGUCUCUACUUACCAAGAUAUCUGGGGAAACAGCUUCUUGCACAGUAAAUGCAGGAUCACUGUCUGAUUUGACAAACCUUGCAAAUGCAAGUUUGUAUGGCUUUGAAGAUUACCAUGGAGUUGAUAUUGGUGUUGUCCGAGCCGUUCGUCUUUGGUUUUCCCCUCUUGGUGGAGAGAUUCCUAUUGAGAUCAAAAUCAAAGAAACUGAUGUCAAACUUGGCUUUGCCAUCAGCAGAACUGAAGAGGGGUUCAUUCACAUAUCAUCAGUCAUUGAAGGUGAUGAGGAUGCACCAUCCUCAAGAUCAGGCCUUAGCAAUCUAUACAAAGAAGCAACCAAAGAGUGCAAACUUUUAGUUGUAUCAAGAAUUUCCAACCAAAAGGUCCUUCCAUGGAUUGUUUCUCCAACCGGGGCGGUCCGAUGCUUCGACACUGUCUCUCUCAGCCAAAAACUCUCGUUGCAUCGCCACGCAAAGGUUCCCAUUCUCAUGCACGUCUUUCUUUGGGACCGUUCUGUCCCUGUGCCAAGCGGUGACAGCAUUAAUCGGUCGAGGCCUAUUUCCCCGACCAUGCUGUCACCGUUGCCACCUGAAGUUCGGUUGGCACGCCAACCGAACGAGAAUCAGGUGAUACGACUGCCUCCGGAAGUUGAAGAUGAGAGAGGAAACCAUAGUGCUGAAUCGGCGCUAAGGCUUGAUAGGGACACUGCUGGAGAAAGAAAAUUUUCUCUCAGGUUCCAUGAUUUUUCUCUGCCAAAUAACUGGGUAUAUUAAUUUUCCUCUAAUGUUGUUUUAUGUACAUAAAGAUAGAAAGUUUUGUAAUUAAUGGUGAUGAUCGACUUAAAGGGCAUUCUGCUAUCAAGUUUCAACCAUUCUCUGUAUAUAUAGUAACAAAAGAAUACAAAAAACAUAAAGAACAGGCAAGAAUUAGAAGUUUUAAUUAUUUGUUGAUCAUAUACAAACUACUCCAUACGCUAUUACAAAUACAUAUCAAUUCAUGCUUAUUUUCACUACUAUUUAAUACAGAAUUACUUUGCUUUAAACAAAAGAGGGAGCCGCUGUUUAUACUAUAAAUAACUUAUUUCUUAGGGAUUGAAGUUAUAGUAUCACUCGCAAUUUCACCCGCCCCUUAAGUGAAAGGUUCCAAGAAAAAGAGUGAGGUGAAGAAGACAUAUCAAGCAAUGAAAACUUUACUGUUCUAACAGUUUAAGCUUUUAGAUAAGAUAUUUUCACAAUAAUUAAAAUAUUAACGAAUUGACUAAUGAAGCAACUCUAAGAGUAUAAAAGAAAACAUGACAAUAGUAGAUAAAUAAGACAUUCUGCCCACGCGAAGCUGCUAGGUGAAAGGAAUGUACCAUCAUUAUG